UUGAAUUUUUAUUUUUCAGUUCUUUAUAAAAUGCACGAGUGUUAAAAACUUAAAAUACAUUUAAAAAAUGGCAUUGCUUCUGAAAAAUGUCUUAUAUUCCAUACUUUUAUUUCAAGUGUGUUGGAUACAAAGUUUUGAGUGCAGUGACUCUGAAUUGGAUAAAAAUGCUUUGAAAAAUUUAAUAGAAUAUCUUAAAAUAGCAACUCCACAUCCCACUGUCAAUUAUGAUGACUGUGUCCUUUUUCUGAAAAAACAAGCCAAAUCUCUAGAUUUGCCUAUAAAAAUUGUGGAAUUACAUCCAAAUAAUCCUAUUGUUGUAAUAUCAUGGAAAGGUACUGAACCAGAAAAACCCUCGAUUUUACUGAAUGCCCACAUGGAUGUCGUACCAGUGGUACCUGAGAAAUGGAACUAUCCUCCGUUUGGUGCCGAAAUGGACAAAGAAGGCAACAUCUAUGCUCGAGGAACUCAGGACACGAAAUCUUUAACUAUUCAACAUUUAGAGGCAGUUCGUCGAUUAAAAUUACGUGGAAUUCGUCUAAAACGAACCGUUCACAUUUCAAUGAUUCCAGAUGAGGAAACAGGAGGAACUUUCGGCAUGAAAAGCUUCGUAAAAUCCAAAGAAUUUAGGGAUCUUAAUGUUGGAUUUGCAGUGGACGAGGGGUCGGCAAAUCCAAGUGAAAAAUUCUAUUUGUACUACGGAGAAAGAACGGUGUUUCAAAUUUGGAUUCACUGUUCUGGCACAUCUGGCCAUAGUUCGGUUUUUGUACCAAAUACCGCGGCGCAGAAACUGAGAUUGGUUAUCAAUCGCUUACUGGACUUUAGAGAAAGUGAAGAGAUGAAAUAUCAGGAUCCAAAACAGAGGGACAAUGUCACUUCGAUUAAUUUGACGAUGCUCAAGGGUGGAAUUCAGAUAAAUGUAGUUCCCAGUGAACUUUCUGCGGCUUUCGAUAUUCGAAUCUCGCCUUUUGUAAAUCACACGAAAUUUAUUAACAUGAUUGAAGGAUGGUUAAAGGAAGCUGGCAGUGAAAUUAGUUACACUAUUAUUAGCAAAGACCCGCCAACUGAGAGUACAAAACUGGACUCCCAUAAUAUUUACUGGAACGCUUUUAAAAAAGCGUGCGAUGAAAAUUCUGUAAAAUUAGAUAUACGCAUUCUUCCUGGUGCCAUUGAUGCUCGAUAUCUCCGUGCUCUCAAUAUUCCUGCAGUGUCAUUUUCGCCGAUGAAUGACACCUUGCCUCGAGCACAUGCUGACAACGAAUACUUGAACAAAAGAGUGUUUCUAAGAGGUAUAAAUAUAAUGAUGAAAAUAGUAGAAAGUGUCGCUAAUGUUUGAUGUAAAUAAUUGCAAAAACAAGUUCAAAUAAAAAGUUGUACAAACUGA